UUUUGGCCUGUGUCAAGGGACACAUGUAUGCAUCUCGUUGUUCUCAGGAGACUGAACACUGAACGUCCGUGAUGCGAACUCAAAAAAGCAAAGCCAUUAUUUCCAACACUGUCUACGCGAGAAAUUCUCCGAGGUCAACCACCGUCAAAUUUCGACGCCUGGCACUAAUGUACGUCCUGCAUCCAGAGAUUAGUGUACGCUAUGGUCGACCAGAUAAACCGUGAGCUUUCAAGACAUACCGCCAGUUGCUCGGCUGCGAACCCUCCGAAAAAAGAAAGAAAGAAAGAAAGGGGAGACUGCUUUGAUACCCUAAGCGAAGGGCGAGAUCUGGAUCCUGGAGAAGAAGCAAGGCGUGAUAGCCUCAACAACAUCGCACGGGGCGAAAACUUUCAUCGCCUGGCGACCCUUCAAAAUCUAUAUAACACUAGAUGAGCAGCCCAUCAUCGACAUGACUUUUAUUCCUCAUCACUCUCAACCUCUUCUCUUCCUUCACUCACUACCUUCACUCUUUCAAAGACACACAACAACAACAACAGCAAAACACUCCUUUGAUUUCAAUUCAAAAUGGCCUUGAACCUCAUUCCCCGCCUUCCCUCCCUCUCUGUCCUCGCAGCAGCCGACAACGUCUGCCGCAUCGACCUCACCGUUCUCUUCCCCGACUGCGCCUCCAUCGAGAUCGGCGUCCCCCCCAACCAGCCUCACUCGGUUGACGUUCAGCCUUCCACCAUCUAUGUAACCGUCUCUGGUCCUACUGUCACUGUUCCUCCUCAUGGCGACUAUACUCAUGGUCCUGGAGCCGGCGGUUCUGUUUGGCCUGUCACUACCACUUGCGAUGAGGAAGGACUCGUGACAGCUAUGCCUAUCCCUACUGGACAUCCUUCUGGACCUGGUGGUCCUGGCAGUGGUGGUCCUGGCAGUGGCGGUCCUGGCAGUGGCGGUCCUGGCAGUGGUGGUCCUGGCAGUGGUGGUCCUGGCAGUGGUGGUCCUGGCAGUGGUGGUCCUGGCAGUGGUGGUCCUGGCAGUGGUGGUCCCGGAAACGGUGGUCCCGGCUCCGGUAACAAUGGACCGGGCAAUGGCAACAACGGUCCCGGCUCCGGCAACAAUGGACCGGGCAAUGGCAACAACGGCCCCGGCAAUGGCAACAACGGUCCCGGCUCUGGCAAUAACAACCCCAGCCCGUCCACCACCACCUCCACCACCUCCACCACCCUCACCACCGCCAUCCGGUCUUCUCUCCCCACACCCACCACCACCUCCUGCCCUCUUCCCCCCUUCCUCUCCAUCUCCACCACCCUCGCCGACUUGCUUGACCUCGACCUCAAGCUCUACCUCGACCUCUCCUCCCUCACCUCCGGCGUCUCCUCUCUGUUGGAUUCCGUCGGCAACCUGCUAGGAGCCGACAAUCGCCCUGCUUCUCCUUCCAACCUGCCCACCACGCAAGUCUCUCGCUUCCGCACUUUGCCCUGCGGUACCUCGCUUGGUUCGCUUCCCGGCGGUAACACCACUACCAUCCCCAUCAACAACAACACUGACGGACCUGAUGGUGGCAACGGCAACGGCAACGGCAACGGCGACAACAACUCUGGUACCUCCCCAAUCGAGGAGUGCAUCCAGCGCUGCGAACAGGAUGCUAUCCGCGCUAGUCUCGAGCUGUUGAACAUCAGGGAUUGCUUGGGCGUUACUGUCGAUCGCACAACUACCGUGGACAACUGCUUGUGGUUUGUCGGUCCUAGGGGUGAGAAGUUGCCCGUUUUGGACUUGGGGGUUGUGGUCGACCUGACUGGGCUUCUUGGCGAGGGUGUGGAGAGUGCGGUGAGGGAUGAAUGAGGAAGUUGUUGAUGCCGAGCGUUAAAAGUUGCUGCUCCUGUGGUUGGUCCCAUCGUUGGCGAUGCCGCUGGUCCGCGCUGCGCGACGCUGCCGCUCAGGAAGUGAUUGAUCAGCAGAUCAGAUGACGAGCUUUGGUGAGCUCGGGAUUUGGGAAUUGUAUCUGGAGGAUGUACUUGUACUUACAAGUAACAUACACGGUGGUCCCCAAAAGCGACCUAUUUCUUUUGAUUUGUUUCUUUUAUUUGUCAAUCCUUUUUUUUUCUUUCUUUCGCAUUUGUUGGGACACUUAUCAGAGGGUUCGCGGUCAUACACUCUAACUUUGGGAAGGGAUUGCCGUUGAAAAGUGGCAGAUCUGGCACCCUUGAGGAGAGAUUUACAUAAUAUCUUGGUAGCUUACUUAUAAUUACUUGUUGCUUUGCAC